AUGGAUCAUAACAACAACAACAAUAACAAUAGCAAUAACAAUAAUAAUAAUGAUGGAGUUACAAGUAGUGGAGCAAGUGAUGAUUCAUCAUCAUCUAUAGUACCAUCACAACAGACACCACCACCAUCAUCACUAUUGCAUCAUGUUAAGGAUCAGACUCCACCGCCACCAGAGGCUCCAAAGAUUAAUAUGAUCGAUAAGGAAUCAGUUCAUUUGAUAUGCAGUGGACAGGUGAUCCUCGACUUGUCCGUCGCCGUCAAGGAGCUGGUCGAGAACAGCUUGGACGCUGGCGCCACCAAGGUCGAGGUGCGUCUCAAAGAGUACGGCGAGGAGGCCAUCGAAGUCAUUGACAAUGGAUCGGGCGUCGAGCCUCACAACUUUGUCGGCCUCACACUCAAACAUUACACGUCCAAGCUCAACAGCUUUGAGGACUUGCUGAACGUGCGAUCGUUUGGCUUUCGUGGCGAAGCGCUCAGCUCCCUGUGCGGGCUGGCCGAGGUCACAAUCACAACGCGCGCCACAACUCAACCGAUGGGCACCCGGCUCGUCUAUGAUCAGUCGGGCACCAUCCUCACGCAGACCAAUGUGGCGCGCGAGGUCGGCACCACCGUAUCGCUCACCAACCUCUUCCGCAGGAUACCCGUGCGCUAUCAAGAGUUCAAACGCAACAUCAAACGAGAGUAUGCCAAGCUGCAGACAGUGUUGCAGCAAUACGCCAUUGUCGCGGUGGGUGUGCGUAUGGCGAUCUACAAUCAACCGGCGCGCAGUACUCGCGUGCCCGUGCUCACGACUUCUGGCUCGGAGGAGAUGCGCAACAAUGUUACGGCGGUCUUUGGCGCAAAGAUAUCGGCGGCACUCGACGACUUUAUCGCGUCGGACCAGCUGUUCACUGUCACUGGACUGAUAUCAAAGAUUGGCGCUGGCAGUGGCACUGGCGCAACAUUCGCGGGCAACGGCAACCUCGGGUCUGCCACGAGGAACACCAACGACAGACAGUUUGUCUAUCUCAACAAGCGACCAAUCGAACUACAAUCGCUGACCAAGGUAGUCAACGGCCUUUAUCACACGUAUCAGAAGAAGGGCGCUUACCCAGUGCUGUUCAUCAACAUCACGACUGAGCCCGACACGUACGAUGUCAAUGUCACACCAGACAAGCGCAAGGUGUUCAUACAUCAGGAGGCGCAACUGCUCAACCUGGUACGCGAUAGACUCAAGGCAAUGUGGGACACUGCUCAAUCAAUCUUUGACAUCUCCUCAAGCAAUAUGAAUGAGUUGCAAACAUUCCGUGUGGCCAACAAGUCUCCAAACAAGCCCAACAGCAACAGUACACAGGCAGUGACGAGUACAUUAUCAUCAUUGAGACAAUCAACAAUCAAUGUUACGUCAACAACAGGCAAGGAUGGUGAUGGUGAUGGUGACGGAGAUGGUGAUAUAGACAACAACCCACUCAAGAAGAUAAAGUUGUCAAAUGGCGUGGCAGCGGCAGCAAUGGCGACAGGAAAUGACGAUGAUGGAGGAGGAGGUGGAGGAGGCGGAGACUUUGACCCAGACAUAGGUGGUGGACCACCAUUGGAUAAAGAUGACCUUGAUGAUAAACCUUAUGUACAGCCACAGCUAGUGGACCCACUCCCUCAAUCAAAGAAGCGCAACAAUAACAACAACAAUAUAACAGACGGCCAGGACAACGACGACGACAGCGAUUUAAUUAUCAAUAGUCAUAGCAAACGAGUGCAGCCAUCAUCUACAUCAAAUAACAAACCACGGCCAACACCAUCAAUCGAUUCUUUUAUCAAUCCACUGUUCAGUUCGAACAAACUUCGCUCCCCAUCAACAUCAACAACAUCAACAUCAGCGCAACAACAUCAACCUAAAGCAGUACUGUCAUUUGUUAGAGACUCAAAGGACAAUCCAAUCAUUCAACAAUUGCAACAGACUAAUAUUGGCGCACCUGACAAAGGUGGCUACAAACAAAAGGAUGUCAAGACCAAUGAUAUUACACUCUCACUCAAGAUGGAUACGAUCGUCGAUGGCUUCAAGAAACGCAAUGGAGUCUAUGACGACGAGCACACGCUGCACAACAACUACUGUGGCGCAAAGCUCAUCUCAUUUGACAAUGGUAGCAGUAACUCACAGGACGACUGCUGUCUCAAGAAUCACAUAUUCACAUCGACCGUUGGUGUUGUUGGCGCGCCAAAGACUGGCGACACUACUGGCGGCAGCACUGGCAGUACUGGCAGCAACACGGCCGAGUCAGAGUUGACGCGGUACUUUAAGAAGGAGUACUUUAAGAAAAUGCAUGUGAUUGGACAGUUCAACUUGGGAUUCAUCAUUGCCAGACUUGGUGGCGACCUAUUCAUCAUUGAUCAACAUGCUGCCGAUGAGAAGUACAACUAUGAGACAUUGCAAAAGAAUGAAGUGAUAAACUCACAGCCAACAAUCAAACCUACAUCACUUGGACUCACUGCUGAGGAUGAGAUGAUCGUCCUGGAGCACCUCCAAAUCUUCAAGAAGAAUGGCUUUGAAUUCCAAAUUGACAACGACGCACCGCCCAAGUACAAAGUCAAGCUGGCAGCAUUCCCCUUUAGCAAGAACACUGUAUUCAAUGCCAAUGAUGUCUACGAACUUGUAUCAUUGAUCAAGGACACAGUGAUUGGAGUGGAGACGAUAAGAUUACCUAGGAUUAGUUCAAUGUUUGCUUCAAGGGCUUGUAGGAAAUCGAUUAUGGUUGGAACUGCACUGUCACAUUCAGAGAUGAAGAAGGUAUUGGACAAUCUGUCUCUGUUGGAAAAUCCUUGGUGUUGUCCACAUGGUCGACCAACGAUGCGACAUCUCGUGGACCUCAGUGCACUCUCAACCCUAAUCAACAAGCGAAACGAACCACUCACUAGACAAGUAAGCGAUACCAAUGGUGCCCAUCAAACAGUUGUCCAGAAGCAAAAGCAACAACAACAGCAACAGCAAUAG